AUGCAGUAUUUCCAGAUGCUCCUGGGCGCUGGAACGGCAACCAUUGCGGCCAGCGAUAGACUUAGCUUCGUCGCUGUGUCGGCCAUCACUCACUUUGGCCCAGUCUCCUACAUGGCCCGUGUCCCUAACAAUGCCGAUAUCAACAUCUGGGAACCGACUGGCAAUGUAUGGUUCAAGGUCUCCAAGAUCAAUGUUUUGCCCAGUCCCAAUGGGGGAUCCCUCACUUCAGGAGAGGCAAUUUGGCUUGCUUACAAUAUGGACAAAAAGUCCGUUGAGCUCACAAUUCUGAAGAGCAUCCCCAGCGGCAAAUACAUCGUCCGUGUCGACAGCAUAGCUCUUCAUCAAACAUCGAAGUCGACGAUGGAGUAUUUUAUGGCUCAAGCAGAAUACGACGAGGAAGAAGAGAAACAACUCCGAGAAGCACAACAAGAAGAAUUGGACGCUGAAGGGCCCCCAUCACCACCACCCUCUCCCUCAACAAAGAAUGGCAACGCAGCCAAGCAACCAAAACAAGAGCAGCAGCAGCAGCAGCAGCAGCAGCAAACCAGCAUCAACAGCAAAACCGCCGCUGCUCAUAACACAAAGACUCAUCCAAACGCCCAGCCCUCCGACUCCCAAUCUUCCUUGCAGACUGGUAACAUCUUUUUCAUCGGCACAGCCACAACCCUAAUCCAAUACCACGGUGUCCGCAUCCUCACCGACCCUAACUUCCUCCACGCAGGCGAUCAUGUGCAUCUCGGGCCGGGAGUAACGGCACAGCGGCUCACGGAGCCAGCUAUCCCUGCGCUGUCAGCCUUGCCCCCUAUCGACUGCGUGCUAUUGUCGCAUUAUCACGAGGAUCAUUUUGACAAGGAGGUUGAGGCACAGUUGGGUAGGCAGGUGCCCAUUAUCACGACAAUACAUGCUCGGAGUUGUUUGGUCGAGGGGAAGCCCGAGGGGGUUAGGUUUGAAAGGGUGUGGGGGAUGGAUGUUUGGGACGAGAUAGUAAUGCCUAUUGUGGUUGAAGAGGAGGAUGAGAGUGAGAAACGACAGCCUGCGAUAAAAGUGACUGCCAUGCCUGGAAAGCAUGUGCCUUCUGGGUUGUUGGGGAUGAUGAAUGAACUGCUUUGGGCGGUGCCACCUACGAAUGGGUGGAUGGUGGACUUAGGACGUCAAGGGGGAUCAGGGGAACAGGAGUUCAAGACAGGGCUCAGGAUAUACAUUUCAGGCGACACAUUGUUUGUGGACGAGCUGAAGGACAUUCCUAAAUGGUUAAAAGGCGAGAAGAUUGACAUCAUGCUGGUCCAUCUUGGGGGUACCACGAUCCUGGGACCCAAGCUGCCGCUGAUCAUGGUGACGAUGGACGCAGAACAAGGGGUAAAGCUCAUAAGGCUUGUGAACCCGGACGUGACGAUACCGAUUCACUUUGAUGAUUAUGACACCUUUCUCUCGCCGCUGGAGAAUUUCAAGAGGGAAGUGGUGGCAGCGGGCCUUGCGGAUAAAGUCGUGUAUCUGGAGCGUGGUGAGGAAUAUCAGUUCACAGUACGGAACACGGCAUGA